AUGCAACUGUUCAUUGCAUUUUUAACAGCAUUGUCGAGUGAUGGGAAUUCCUUCGACACCACAAACGCUACAGAUCAGAAAGCUUUCACUCCUUUACUCACAUGUAUUGAUGAAAUCCAAGGUGUUCUGCAAGGAGUCGAAUACAACCAGCCGUCUAAGAUUGUAGACUGCGGUCCAACCGUCACCUAUUGUCAGAAAGUUACUGCUCAUUACAGAUCGUUUGAGGUUAAGGAACGCCUGAAUGACUUGCGCGGGCCAGCCGAUGUGUCAAAAAGAAGGAUGUCAUGA